AUGAUAGGGCACUUCACAGACAAGGUGGUCCAUGCGUUCUCCGAGACGCUCGCCCCCACGGCGCGCUCCACGAGAGUGUCGUACCCGAACGGGGACCGCUACGAGGGAGAGACCUGCGGCACCCCGCGGGCGACCCGCCACGGCUACGGCGUCUACCACUACAGGAGCGGGAGGGGCCGCUACGAGGGCGAGUCGGUCGACGGCGAGAAGCACGGGCACGGCAUCCUCUUCUUCGGAGACGGGGACGUCUACUGGCGCAGCGACCGGCAGCACGGGCACGGCGUGCACGUGCACUGGGCGCCCCAGGCCGGCGUGUGGGUCUACGAGGGCGAGUUCCGCGGGGGGCAGCGCGAGGGCAGCGGCGCCCUCGUGCUCCGCGAGCGCGGGGCGCUGCUGGGCACCUGGGCCGGCGGCGCCCUCGCGCGCGGCGUGCAGGUGAUGCCGCCGCCCGAGGCCGAGGCCGAGCCGGGCGAGGUCGGCGCCUGGGCCAUAGGGGUGGACGCCCCCGGCGAGCUGCCGGACGCGCUCGGGGUCCACGGCGCCGCCGCCGGCGCCGCCUCGGGCGAGCA